GUCUCAUGAUGAUACACAUCUUUUUACCAAUCUUGAUCCUGUUUAUGACCCCAAUACUACAUCUCUUUCCCAAAGUAGUUCAAUAAUAUUUUUGCAGAAGGAACUGAUUAACUUGUUUGAUGUUAGUUAA